CUGGAUCCUUAAAACAAAACCUUUUGUCUCCUGGACAAAUGACUCCCUAUUUCUAAAAGAAUAAUACUAAAUAAAUAAGAUGAGCCCACCAAGAAUAUAUUUAAAAGACCAGGCAGCUACUGAGCCCCCACACUUUUCCUGCUCACAGUUCGCAGAGAAAAUGUUCUUCAAAGGAAGAACCUGGCUUUGGUUGUACAUCACAACAGGUUUCGUUCUAGGGAGUGAACUCCACGGCUCGGAGCAUCGCGGAGGGAAUAAUUGUUUUCAGCUGAGCAGCUUUCGGUGCAGCUUUGAGGGAGCAGAACAGCACUGUCAUGCUCAGGGAGGACACCUUGCUUUCACCUGGAACCAGGAGGUUCAAGAUCUCCUCUGGGACUUUCUGGAAAAAGAAAAGUGGUGGGUCGGGGGAAAUUUAACACUGCCGGAAAAACACCAAGAAAAAAACCACCCAGCAGAUGUCACAACCCGGCCAGCCACCAAGCCCACCAAAUGCGUCUACCUGACCAGAAGUCGCAGUCAGACCUCAUCCAAAGAGGGCUCUUGCUUAGCGAAGCAUUACUUCAUUUGCCAAGCUGAUGCCUUUUCAGACCAAGAUGCCAAUUAUGAAAGAAAUGGAAACAAUUCUCAUUCACGUGGGAAGCCCAAGAGGACAAAAAGAGAAGUCAUAAGACGGAGAAGCAAAGAGACCUCAGGAGACACUCAUCUUUCAACCACGUGUCACCAGCCUGCUGAGGCUAAUACGGCCAAGACCCUAUGCCAUCGCCUCAGCCCAUUUCCUUCCGUGCCACCUGAGGUCACACCACAGGGGGUGUCAGUCACGCCUGCACCUACCAGCCAGCCUCUCCCUCUGACACCAGGGCUCCCCGGGCCUGGAUCUGUAACACGUGCUGGAAAAGCUCUGGUAGAAAUAACUUCAAGCCCCAAGGAGGACUCACACCCAAGUGUCUUCACCAGUCAUCCACAAGUAUCCUUACAGAACGCAUCUGAUCAGAUCAUAGAUGAGAUAACACGGAACUUCACCAAAGCAGUUCUUGGUUUGCGAGCUCACAACAAACUGCAGAAAGCUUGCGAGAUCCUCGAGGGACUGGCAGCCUAUAUCCCAGGAUUUUCUGAGUCAGCUCAGGUCAGGGUCAUCGAUACCCUUACAGACCUGAAUGAGCAGCUACUGCAGAGCCCAUUUCUGAACAACAGCAACCCAGGCUCCAGAACGCCUGUGACCGUCUGCCUCUUCCACUCCCUCAACAAUGUAAUGAAAGCUGGUGAAGCAAGUCGGCCAAGACAUGGGCAUCGCGUCCAGCAGGUAGAAAAUAUGCUGAAAAUGUCCUUGCUGAGCCUUGGGAGGAUCCAGGAGGCUUUUCUGCAGCAGAAUCGGUGUGCUGAGCCUGAGGUGACUCUGACCUCUUCCACUGCUGUCCUGAUGCUGAGCAGGCAAAACAUAUCAACAUUGCCUCUGAGCUCUUACACCCUCGGUGACCCAGCCCCUGUGAGGUUAGGCUUUCCAUCGGCGUCUGCCCUGGAGGAGCUCUUGAAAAAACACCCAGGAGUUGAUGUCCAAGUAACAGGACUGGCUUUCAAUCCCUUCAGAGACUUUGACAAGAAGAAGAUUGUUGGAAGCGUCGGGAGUGUGUUACUAAGCUCUAAUCAUAAAUUGCUUCAAGUCCGUGACUUAAUGGAGGAUAUUGAGAUCGUGCUCUGGAGAAAUACGAGCGUGGAAACCCACCCCACCAGCCUCAACAUGAGCACAGACCACUUUACUAUCACGGUGAAUGUCACCUCCCUGGAGAAGUCCCUCGUAGUGUGCAUAGAGCCUGAAGGCCCCCUGUCACUGACACUCCACCUGGGGUUCCAGCACCAGCCCAACCUCACCCACUUCCACCUGCCGAAGGAGAAGGUGUCGCAGAAAGAUGAGGAAUACACAUGGGUGCUGACGCCAGAGAAACUGCGGUAUGGGGUUGGCACCUACUACAUAACAGCUGUGUUGGAUAAAAGCAAAGAGGGCACUCAGCGGACGCCCACCCAGCUCUCGGUGGUCACUGCCGUCACUCAGUGCUAUUUCUGGGACAGCCUCAACAGCAUGUGGAAGAGUAGUGGAUGCCAGGUCGGGCCGCAGAGCACGCUGGUAAGGACACAGUGUCUCUGUAACCACCUGACCUACUUCGGCAGCGAUUUCUUCCUUGUGCCCCGGACGGUGAAUGUGGAAGAUGUGGCUGAGCUGUUCCUUCGAGUGACCAGCAACCCGGUCGGGGUGUCCCUGCUGGCCAGCCUUGUCGGAAUCUACAUGCUCAUAUUCGUGUGGGCUUGGAGGAAGGACCAGGCCGAUGCACAGAAGGUGAAGGUCACCAUCCUGGCUGAUAAUGACCCCAGCUCUCAAUUCCACUACCUUAUCGAGGUCUCCACGGGCCAUAGAAGAAGGGCCGCGACGACAGCCAACGUAGUUAUCACACUUUAUGGAUCAGAGGGGCGGAGUGAGCCCCACCACCUCUGUGACUCCCAGAAGGCAGUCUUUGAACGCGGGGGACUGGAUGUGUUCCUCCUGGGCUCUCCAUCCUCUCUGGGGGAAUUGCACAGCCUGCGGCUCUGGCAUGACAAUUCUGGCGCCAGCCCUGCUUGGUAUGUAAGCCAGGUGACCGUCACUGACAUCGCAGGUAAAAGGAAAUGGCAUUUCCUGUGCAACUGUUGGCUGGCCAUGGACCUUGGAGACUGUGAGCGCGACCGGGUCUUCAUGCCAGUCUCAAAGAAGGAGCUCUUUUCCUUUAGACACCUGUUCUCCUCCAUGAUCAUAGAGAAGUUCACCCAGGAUUGCUUGUGGCUCUCAGUCGCAACUCGACACCCCUGGAACCAGUUUACGAGGGUCCAGCGGCUCACCUGCUACAUGACCCUCCUUCUCUGCAACAUGGUCAUCAACGUCAUGUUCUGGAAGGUGAACAGUACCACCACCAAGAGAGAUGAGCAAGCUCAGGCGGGCCCGUUUGCUGUGACCUGGUCUGAACUGCUCGUCAGCAUCCAAACUGCAGUCAUCUUUUUCCCCAUCAGUCUUGUGAUCGGGCAGCUUUUCCCGUUGAUCCAACCACAGGAGCCUCUGCCUGUCUUUCCUCCCAUCCAGGCCUCCUGCUCCUCGGAUGCUUCUUCAGAGCCUCUCUCUCUCACGGAGGUGGUUGAGGAAUUAAAGGAAACUGUGGGAUUCCUGCUCAGGAGAAAUACGUACCUACUCUCAGAGUGCGAACCAUCUUCAUGGCGUUCUGAUAGCAUAAACGAGCUGCUGAAGCUUUUGUCCAGCCUCAUCUGUUCUUACUUAGAGCAUCCGGGCUGUCCCCAGCAGGCAGGACACUACUGCGCAAAUGUGGUUCCUGAAAACCACUGCCAUUUCUGCAGUUACCUGCUCAGAGUUCUGCAGAGGCUCCAAUCUCACUUACAGACACCAGGUCCCACCCAGGCCGAUCACCCCAGUGACUUCCUUGAUGCAGUCCACCAACUGCAAAGACUCCAGGAACUCUUGGAAACCCAUGUUCUUCCCAUAGAGCAAGGGCUAUCCAGGGAGGCAACCAGUUUCCCCAUCCUGAGCCCAGAAGAAGGGAAGCAGCGUGUCUCUAAAGGCUGGCACAGAUGGUUGACAUACUUCUGCUGGCUCCUUCUGGGUGUCACUAGCCUGGCCUCAGCCUUCUUUACAGCACUUUAUAGCCUGGACCUGAACAAAGACCAAGCCACCAGCUGGGUUAUUUCGAUGAUACUGUCAUUGCUUCAGAACACCUUCAUCAGCCAGCCAGCAAAGGUGAUCUUCCUCACGCUGUUCUACUCACUGAUGCUGAACAGACUGCCACAACUUCACAGAGAGAAGGAACAUCAAACCAGGAGGAUCUUGGCACUCUGGGCAAGAUGUCCUUCAUCAUUACCUGGUUCAAGAGAUAAGAACAACUCCAUCUAUGUAGCCCCCACUAUAAACAGUCCAGUUAAGCGCCCAGAAAGAACCUUGAAAGAGAAGAAGUUCUUCAAGUUGACGGGAGAUGUUUUAGCACAAAUCCUUUUCCUUACCCUGUUGAUGACUACAGUCUACUCGACGCAGAACUCCAAUAGAUUUUACCUCCGUCAAGCUAUCCACAAGAGCUUUUCUCAGCGUUUCUCAGAGAUCAAACUUCUUAAGCAUUUCUACACCUGGGCUAAUAGCACCCUCCUUCCCAACCUGUACGGGGAUUACAGAGGAUUUAUUACUGAUGGAAACUCCUUUCUUUUGGGCAAUGUUCUACUUCGUCAGAUUCGCCUUCCUGGUGCCACAUUCUUUUCAACUCAACUAUCUCUCCGAGAACAAGUGAAGCCAUCUCACCAAGUUCAGGAGGAUACAAAGAACUAUGGGGUUAACUGGGGGCCCCCUGAUAUAAACAACACGAAAUCGGACAGGAUCUGGCAUUACCAGAAUCAGGAGGCACUGGGUGGCUACCCCAUUCAGGGAGAAUUUGCCACUUACUCUGGAGGAGGGUAUGUUGUGAGACUUGGAAGAAACUCCAGUAAUGCACGCAGAGUUCUACAGCAACUUGAACAGAGCCAGUGGCUAGACCAUUGCACCAAAAGCCUUUUUGUGGAAUUUGCGGUCUUCAAUGCUAAUGUGAACCUGUUCUGUGUAGUGACCCUGAUUUUGGAGUCCAACAAUGUAGGUGCUUUCUUCACCUCCAUGAGACUGGACGUUUUAACUUCCCUUCAGAUAUCAAGGAACUUUGCCUGGUCUGUCACAUCACAAGUCAUCUACUAUCUACUGGUCUGUUACUAUGCCUUUGCACAGGGUCGCCAGUUGAAACAGCAGAGGUGGAGGUUCUUCGUGAGGAAAAGAAACCUUCUAGAUAUGAGCAUAAUCCUCCUUAGCUUUGUCAUCUUGGGACUUGACCUGACACUUAUUUCUCUACAUAAAAAACACAUGGUACAAUACCAUUAUGACCGGGACAGGUUCAUCAACUUCUAUGAGGCAGUUAAAGUCAACUCAGCUGUCAUUCACCUCAUGGGUUUCCUAGUUCUUUUGGCAACAGUUCAGCUAUGGAGCCUGCUGUAUCAAAACCCCAGGGUGCGGGUCAUUGGCAGAACACUCAGCAAAGCCUGGGACGAGGUCGUGGGCUUCUUGCUGGUCAUCUUGAUCCUGCUGACAGGCUAUGCCAUUGUGUUUAACCUGCUGUUUGGAUGGAGCAUCUCCAACUACCGAACUUUUCUCAGUUCAGCAGUAACUGUUGUCAGUCUCCUCAUGGGAAUCUCUCAUCACAAGGAGGUUACUGCUGUAAACCCAGUCCUGGGCUCCUUUCUUAUCUUCACCUAUGUUGUUUUGAUGGUACUUGUGAUCAUUAACCUUUUUGUUUCUGCCAUUUUAAUGGCCUUUGGUAAAGAAAGGAAAUCCCUUAAGCAGACUGAGAGAGAGGCCACACUGAUGGAUAUGCUGCUGCUGAAGCUGUCAAGUUUGUUAGGGAUCCAGCAGCAUCAGAGCGCAUGUAAGCAAACAGCCCUAACAGCAACAGCCAUGGACAAAUGAAGGUUUAAAAGGUGAGUUACCUUAAUCCUGUUGUCUCCUCAUG